AUCAGAACAGACUAUUGCGUGUCGUUAAAAUCAUUGAGUGUAUUGUGCUUUCGUUACUUCGACUUACAGAGAAUAACAUGAGCGGCUUUUUUCGUAUCGUAUUUUACACCAUUCUAUCAUUUCAUCACACGUGGUCAAAAGGUAAGCGGUUCAUUUAUGUCUUAGUAGCUCAUAAUUUCGAAAUAAAGCUCGUGUUAUCAUCUUUUUAAUCCCUCUUUAAUUCAUUCAGCGAGAAUGAAUUGAGAAGUCUACAUUUAAAUAAAGCUUCAAAGAUAGAAUGCACAUUGCUGUGGGAUCUGAUUUAAGUAGGGAAACAAGGGAUGUCAAGGAUAAGUGUUAAGCGAGUUUCUCUUCGUUGAAUUUUCCUAUCGGUGGUUUGCGUCGUCGACAUUUAUCGAAGUCGUUCAAUUAUCAACGCAUAGUAUAUUUUCAAGAAGCUUGAAGAUUAGAGUUACACGAUUCCCAUCAUGGUUUAAUUAAAAUUUUUUGUGAAAAUGAAUUUGUCUUGGACUUCCUCCAGAGCAGUCGCUUGCAUGCGGUGAACGUGCUAAAAUGUCAGGCUGUCUGGCGCGCAUAUGCUGAAGUACGUCAAUAGAUUUAAUAUACUCUAGGAAUUACGAAAUUACGAAGGGCCUUUGAUAGGUCUACUUAGAGAUUGGGACCCAAUGUGUUGUGACAAAUGUUGAUGGUGACACGUGCCCGGACCUUUGGAACAAAUAAAAUGAAACAGAAUAAAAUUCGGAAUAAGAUCAAAUAAAAUUCAUUGGGAAUGAAUGCGUGACGAACGAACCCCAAAGGACGUCUGCGGGGUGGCUAUUAACUGCGCUGCCUUACCCUCAUGUAAUGAGUUUCGGUUUUCCACAAGAGUGGGAAAUAAAAAUUGAACCUCGCACCCGGUGAAGGGGAUUAAUUGAUGAAAAGGAAAAGUAACUGAGACCAAUCUUUGUUAAAGGAGCUGUUAACUUAUAGGGACAAAAUCUUAGAACUACAACAAUCUAGUAAGGCAAAUCGUUCAAGAGUCACAUGUUUGCGGUUUUCAAUCUGUUAUAUGCUAGCUGAGAGAGAUGAAAGAUUCAGGCGCUAAGAAGUUCGAGGUGUCACCAUGUUGAGGGUGGCCUUCGGUAGAUUCUAGAAAAAUCAAUUCAUCAUUAUGAGGUGAGAGACAACCGCGGGAAGCAAGAUGACUGAGCUUGGCAUUUUACCAGCCUCCCACCAACUAACCACGUAAACCAAACGAAAAUCUCUUCCGCUUCCUUUUAUGAAAUUUUCUAAUGCUAGGACUUCCUCUUUCCGUGUAAAAAGUUCCAAAGUCAUUUAACAUUAGGCUUAGCUCAUUCAUUGCAGUCUUAGUCUAAGUUAAUCAUUUAUAAGAAAUUAGGUUUUUUGCAUGCUGCAAUGGUCAUUCCUCUUAUUUUGAAAGUUUGAUUUGAUGUCAGAUGAUUGCAACCACCCCCUCGGAAUGAGUGAAUCAGACAAGAGAAUCCCGGAUGAGAGUAUUACGUCAUCAUCCAAGUUAAGCUCGAAUCACGGUCCUUCUAACGCAAGAUUGGACGGACCGAGGGCCUGGUGCUCCGCUCUAGAUGAUAACUCGCCUUACAUACAGAUUCGUUUUGUUAAGGAAAAGUUGAUUACUGCAAUAGAAACUCAAGGAAGCGCUCCUGACAACAGUUGGUCUACUAAAUAUGAUGUCCAUUACUUGAAGAAAGGGAAAUGGACACUAUACAAAGAGGUAAUAUGGCUUAGUACUGCAUUUUACUCUCUGCCCCGGGUAUAUUUCAAGAAUUUGCAAUUUUCGUAGUUUACAGUUAAUUACCCAUUCCAAGAACGAAACCUUUCUGUAAUUUACCGUAACUAGCAGCUUGAACGAGAAGAUAAAAAAUUAAAAAUAUUUCUCAUCUCCUGGGCCAAAAGACUAACAAGGACUAGUCACGGGUUUUUGUCCGUUGUAAAGGUAAAAUGGAACUUUGAAUAAAUCAGUAAAAUCCUCACUGGUCUGAAUAUACAACAAACACGUUCAAAAGAAAAAAAACUUUUUUCCCACCAUCAUUGCCACAUGAUCUUUGGUGCAAUUGUUUAAUAUAAGUCACUCAAACACUUUGGUUGGCGUACAGAUGAUAAAAGUGUCGCUGUUUAUUAUUACCAUUAUUAUUAUUGUUAUUAUUAUUAUUAUUAUUAUUGUUAUUAUUAUUAUUGUUAUUAUUAUCAUUUCUUUCGUUUCGCACGAGGAUUCACGGUUUUUUUAGCUUGUUGCUAAGUCCUCCAUCCAAAACUAAUAGCAGAGAUUGCAAAUCUAGCCUUUUACCAAGACAGGACCCGUGCAAAUCGCGAUGAAACUCAUGCUCUUCUGGUACGACAAUAAAAACUAACUUAUUAACAUCUUGCUUUGUAAAAUGUGCUACAAUUUUGGGCCGGUUUAAUCACUUUUAAAAAGUGUCGGUGUAAAGAGAAAGAUAUCUGCUUUGUUUACUUCCACUCUGGCAUUCAGAACUUGAAAUGUGUG